AUGGUGCUCCUCGCCGCCUCGCUCCCCUUGCUUCUUCCCUUUCUUCUGCCCUCUCUCCCUACCACGGCAGCCGACGAGUGCCAGGCGGUAACAUGGUCCAAGGUCAGGAAUAAGGCCCUUGAUGUUGCCACGGGAACGGCGUCAUUGUCUCCUGCGGCCACGGAUCUCGCCGCCGCCGCCGAUUUCCAGUGCGACGCAAUGCCCCUGGCGAUCAAGCCUGGCGAUUUCAUCUGUCGCCUAUGGAUCGAAACGGGCGAGAUGUUUCAACUCACAAGGGACGAGUUCUUCGACAUGAACCCAGGUCUACUCCUUGACUGCUCCAACAUUGAGCCAGAGACCGAGUACUGUGUGAAAGGUCAUCGAGCCGCUCCGGUCCACCGACGGCUUCUGUGGGCCGUCUCACAAUGGUGCCACCUGCAGCGGCACCGCAGCCCAGUGUUGCAACUCCAAGACAUGGACCUGCGGCAACUCAGAGACACCGGAUUUGGACGACCGACGGCACUUGCGGUCACCACCGGGCCCGGCGCUUACCUGGGCCUGUGCGAGUACAGCUGCACUUUCGGCUUCUGCCCGCCUCCCUGCACUUGCACAUCGCCAGGGACCCCCGUUCCGUCCCCGGCGCUGACGGGCGACACCGGAUACGCCGUGCUGGGUCUGCCGGCCGACUUUGGCCCGUUGUGCAACUUCACCGUCUCGCAUGGCUACAUCGCCACGGGCGUCUGCACCAACAUCCCCUAUACCACGUCGCCUGGCGGCACGGGCACCGCCUAUGUCACGGGCAAGGGCACGGGCGAGUACGAGGGUCUCUGUGAUUUCUGCUGCUAUUUCGGAUACUGCCCUUACGAGAUCUGCACCUGCACUUUGUACGGCCAGCCCAACACGCCGCCGCCCGUCCUGAAUACACCGGGCAUCCCGACCCCGGGUCACGGCGAGAGCUUCUCGGGUCUGCGCAGCUUCGCUUGCAACCACGGCCAUUGCCCCCCGGCAAAGUGUACUUACCCUUAG